CCUUUUUUUCUUGUCAAAUUUCCUCUUCUUUUUUUUUGUGUAUGUGUAUAUGUGUGCAUGCAUACACAUUGAUCAACAAUAAAAAUAAUGACUCAAGUCCAAUUAUUGCCUCGGCGUUCAGCUUGGCUGAACACUUUACCACCUUCUUUUAGCCUUCGACCUCGAUCUCGGUGCUACGCAACCCUACAACCUCGCAAAAGCUUACCUCGACGUAUGAUUCAAGGUGCUGCCAUGUUCACCUUGGGAACCACGGUCGUUGUAGGCGUAGGCGGCGCUCUCCUGUAUAAAACCAACGACCAGUUUCGUCAUGUAGCCAACGCACUUGAACGGUGUCGUAUCGCAGGCACUGUCGGUGCCCAAGUGGCUUACGAUUACCAUACCACCUUAUCCAAGCACUACAGUACGCCAGCCGAGCAUGAGGAGGCAAAACGGGCCUGUCAUCAACGCUCCGCUACCCGUGUCUUAAAAGCCAUUCAGCACCUCGGUGGUGUCUAUGUCAAACUGGGCCAACAUAUCUCUGUCAUGCAGUACUUGUUGCCGGACGAAUGGUGCCUCACCAUGCGUGUGUUACAAGAUCAAUGCGUGCCCACAAGUCCAGAAGCGAUCCGAGCCCUGUUUCGAUCGGAUAUGGGUAUGGAUGUCGGUGAGAUCUUUGAAGCGUUUGAUUGGACGCCUUUAGGUGUUGCUUCCUUGGCUCAAGUGCACCGAGCUCGACUUUCACAACAGAGCAUUGAAACCUUAAAGCAACAGAGGGAAAAUAGCUGGCUGGACGAUGAUACCAAUGAUCGAUGGGUGGCUGUCAAACUACAACAUCCUUAUCUAGAUGAAUACUGUCAGCUAGACAUGGACACCGUUUCUUUUAUUUUCGAGAUUGUGAAGCGUGUGUUUCCUGAUUUUGGGUUCGACUGGUUUGCAGAAGAAAUGAGGGAAUCGAUUCCUAAAGAACUGGAUUUUGUGCAUGAAUCGCAGAAUUCAAACCGCGUUCGAUCCAAUUUUGCUGAAGAUGUUCAGCAUAACAAAACAGCGCUUGUGAUUCCUCAAGUGAUUUGGGCCAAAAGACGAAUUAUGUGCAUGGAAUUCAUCAAUGGUUCUCGAGUGGACGAUUUAGAGUACAUGAAGAAACACAACAUUGAUCCCCGACAGGUCUCGAAUGAACUCACGCGUGUCUUUUCAGAAAUGAUUUUUUUACAUGGCUUUGUUCAUUGUGAUCCUCACCCGGGAAAUGUGUUUAUUCGACCUGCUAAGAAUCCAAAAUACUCUAAAUACAACUUUGACUUGGUCUUGCUAGACCAUGGUCUUUACAGAGAGUUAUCAGACGAUCUUCGCUCGAAUUAUGCACACCUCUGGACUUCUCUGAUCAAGGCAGACGAAGAAGGCAUUCAAAAAUACGCUUAUCGUGUAGGUGGUACUGACAUUUACCAGUUAUUUGCCUGUAUGCUCACAGGUCGAGAAUGGGAGAAGAUCAGCCAAUCUGAUCUAGGCAGUACGCGUGGAACAGAUGAAGUGGGCCGUAUUUCAGAAGGCGCUUUAACUUAUCUUGUUCAAGUAGCCGACAUUCUUGCUCGAUUACCUCGUCCUGUCUUACUCUUGCUCAAGACAAAUGAUCUCCUAAGACAUGUAGAUGAAAAACUGAAUAGUGUGUCUGAUGAGCGUAUAACGUAUAUGGUCAUGGGCAUGUAUUGUUCAAAAGCUGUUUGGCUGGAUACCAAAAAGUACAUUUUCGAAAAGAUCAAAUCUGUUGGCUUCAAUUUACACCUCUUCAAGGAACUCAUCAAAGCUUGGUGGCAGUAUGAAUCACUCUCCUAUUUACUAUGGAUCUACCAAUUCAGUUUUAAAUUGACCGAGAAGUUGUUCCAUCAUAGACAAUAAAAUAGACUGACUGCGGAGUUGCUUUCUCUUUUUUUUUCCCUUUUUUUUUCUUUUUUACUUGUGAUG